UCUGUGGCAAAGGAGAAGGAGAGCUUUUUACAGGAAGUCUUUAACAGAUUGUUUGCUUUGGCUGGGUUCCCUUCUUUUAUUUACUGAAUUCCACACAUGACCAAGAAUAAAACAACACUAAACAUGAAGUUCAUCAUUGGCAUUGGAGGUGUGACCAACGGUGGGAAGACCACUUUGACAAACAGACUUCUAAAGACAUUACCCAACUGUUGUGUGGUGCAUCAGGAUGACUUUUUCAAGAAACCCGAUCAAAUAGAAGUCGGGGAGGACGGCUUUAGACAGUGGGAUGUGAUCGCUGCUCUGGACAUGGAGGCCAUGGUAAACACUGUGAAAGGCUGGCAGGAGAACCCGGUCAAGUUUGCCCGCUCGCACGGCGUCAGCCUGUCACCUGAAGCAGAGGAGGCAGACUCAGAGGAGGGGAUCCAUAUUCUUAUCAUAGAAGGGUUCCUCAUCUACAACUACCGGCCUCUCAUUGACACCUACGACAAAUGUUUCUACAUUUCCAUACCUUAUGAGGAGUGCAAGAGGAGGAGAAGUACAAGGUCAUACACAGUCCCUGACCCCCCUGACCUGUUUGACGGCCACGUCUGGCCCAUGUACUUGAAACACAGGAAGGAGAUGGAGAACAACUGUGACAGGAUAGAAUACCUUGACGGGAUGACUUCAAAGGAUGAAAUCUACAGCAAAGUAUUCGAUAGCGUUCAGAACUCCCUGCUGAACAGCUUAUAGCAGGAUGGGGAUAACGAAGGAUCUGUGUAUAGACUUGUAAAUAUCAUUGUGCAUCAGUGUGUGACCCCAGUUCUGUACUUCUAGCCUGAUUUUGUAAAUAGUCAAUCCUGUAACUUAUUAAGAACUAAUGGCAGAAGAUUUCUGUUUUGUAUAGCUUUGUGUAACUUUUUCUAAAAGAUAAACCAUCUCUGACCUGCCCAGUGUUUGACAUCGGAACCACUUUUACUCUGAUCCUGUGUGUAAGAGCAUAAAAGUUUAACAAGCGCGCUGGGAGGACGGAUUUGUGUCUCGCAACAAAAUGA